AGCGAGGUGGAACGUGCCGACUGACGGCCGCCAGAGUUUGCGUGGUGCGGGUAGCGUCGACAGUAGUGUGCGAGUGCGUGCGAACGAGCGACGUGCGCGGCCGCCGUCGAUCGUCGCGCGGCCGCGGGUGCUGCCAGUGCUGCUGAUUCCGCUUCGUCGUCGUCAGCUGAGUCCAGAGAGUGCGUCUGUCCGGUGCGGUGCGCGUGUGGUGUCGAGUGUUGAGCAGGAUCCGCACAAGAGUAUCGACCAGGAUCCGGAGCGUGUCCGGCUGUUCUCGUCGCCGGUGCCGACAAAGUCCGGGAUAUCCCUCGCUUCUCCAGAAAGGCGACAGCCCACCGCGAGAAUGGCGGGCAACGGCGUCCCGGUCCUCCUCAUCACCGCGAACGUCGGCAGCAUCUUCGAGGAGCCUAGUGUCAUGCUAAAGAUAUGGACGGAGGAAUUUUUAUCCACCAUAUCGAAACUAGAUCCGAAAUUUAUAGCACUGCACUGCCAAGAAGUAGGUGGAAAAAAUUACGAGCAGAGCAUGAGGCACGUCGAAGACUUUGUUAGAUUACUUAUGUCAUCGGAAGAAUUAAGAUUGUUUGACAAAAUCAGAGUAUUUCUUGAUGAGGAUUAUUCAUCCGCUGAACAUUUCACAGCUCUAGGAAAUUUCUAUUUCGUACAUGAGUCCUUAAGCGAUGUUUUAUUAUGGGAUUUUAACGAAUGUACUUUUAUACCGGUAAAUGGAAAGGAAGUUCAUUCUGGCAACAUAGAAGCAGUUACAACCAAAGAAAAAGCCAAGUUUCCUCAAGAAUUUUUCCCAGAAUGCAAAUGGUCCAGGAAAGGUUUCCUACGGACUCGAUGGAAUAUUAGUGGAACAAUUUUUGAUCUCAUAAACAUACACUUAUUUCACGACGCGAGCAAUUUUAUUGCUAUGGAGACGUUCCCAUCGGUAUACAGUAAAACGCGCAGAAGAGCGCUCGAGCACACAUUAGAUAAAUUUCAUAACGACAAGUAUCCAAAUGUGCCGUAUUUUUUAUUUGGCGACUUUAAUUUUAGGACGGACACGGCAAGCGUGAUAAAGAAACUGACAGAAGAUACUCAAGAAAGGAGGUUAUCGAAUAAAGGAAAUAUUUCUAAAUUGCAAUUUCACAAUAGAGACGAUGAUCUCAUAUUAACGUUAGGGAAAAAGGAAUUUUCACAUUAUGAACAUCAAAAUGUUUUCAUGAAGAAUGGCGGCGAAUGGUUACGCGAAUAUGACAAGGAACUUGGAGAUUUUGAAGGACGGUUAUUCGAGUUUCCAAUCAAUUUCGUGCCAAGUUAUCCGUUUCAAGAAGAUGUCAACGAGCCUGUGAAUUACAUGCAAACGAGAGUGCCGGCUUGGUGCGAUCGGGUCUUGUUGAGUCCCUCUGCGAAAACACUAGUUCAAGAUAUUGACGUUUCCGAGGCAGUGGAAUACGGUGUAAUCGGCUCAACUACAUGCAUGGGUGAUCACAAGCCAGUCUACUUGAAGGCUAGUCUCAUCUCGGACGCAGGUAUGAUAGAUUGCUGCAGCUUGCCAAUUGCACCUGAGUUUUGCUUCCGAGUGCCCAACAAUUAUCCGGAGUUGUUGUCCAUGUUGCCUGGUUGCAAUAGUUACGCUAACGCGCGCGCAGAUUUUGUUGAUCGUUCGUCUAAUCUGUUGCACGCAAUACCCAUUAAGCAUGAUCCCUACACGCCAGAUAGUAUGGACAGUCCGAGUCCGAACACGCUUAUGGCCUCCGGAGAGGUCCCGGAUCUAGAUACGGAGCACAUCGACAAUAACAAUGUCGCGUCGUCCGCAACGCGAUCGAACCAGAUCACAUCGAGACGUCUCAUCGACCGAGCUGUAUCACCGGCUCUGCUGAAAUCCAGGCUGGAAUUAAUUGUGCAAAAUAAGAAGCAUGAGGACACGGAUGUAGAUGUCUCGGAUAUCAAGAGGAGUCCCAGCGAGUGCCAUCUGCGUUCCUGGCCCGACACCGAGGAUAAGCACUGGUGCGUGAGAAAAAACAGAUGCAAUAGUGACGUGUCCUGGCAACGAUCCCACGUUUUAACGGAGGCGUGGAUCCAAGGUAAGGGUCACCAGGGGUACCACUCCUUCAGUAAUUUCGCGAAUCAAUCCUCCUCGAAUUCAAGCCAGCCGGAGAUCAUCGACGGAAUACCGCCUGAUUUAAUCAUACCGCGAAUAGCCAUAAUAAACGCGAGCAAUUUCGAAUCAAACGCGAGCUCCGUGUACUUCUACGAUGACAGAUUGAGCAAUUAUUCGGAAAAUAAAUUGAGCGCGUACUCGGACGGUCGCACGAAAACGCUGAGCGGCGAAGCCGUGAGUUCGGAAAAAUCAGACGAGAUCUGCGACAAGACGGACGAGGAAGGAAGUAACAGAUUGACUUCCAAUGCCGAGAGAAUAGAAACUAAAAAUACGUAUUCGAAAGGUUCGAGCAUCGAGUCGGCAUCGAGCAAAAAUUCGUACAGCAAAAAGGAUAAUGAAGAAUUCAUCGAGGACAAGUGCGACAUGUGCAACGAGACGAAAAGUCAGAUAAUAGAAGCGCAAGCUCUCGUGAAAAGUACAUCUCAUACGAAAAACAACAUCUUUCAGGAUAGGACUAAUGACGAAGUGAUCAUGGAGCGUGAUAUUCUGAACAAAUCUUGUUUCGAAGACAAGAAUACGCGAUUCUCCGAAAAUCAACCGAAUUCUCAAACAUUACAGAAGGUGUACGUGAAUCACGAUAAAGCCCACACGGAUCCGAAUGUAACGACGAAGGUGGAAGUCAACGAUAAGUCGUACGAGAAACCCAGCUCGCAGACAGAGCCUCUCGGGGAUCGAGACUGUGACAGCAAUGUGAUAAAGAUAUAUUCAGACGUACAGGCGGAUCAUGCAGUAAGUCACGACGCAGAGAUUAUAAGUUGUGAGAAUAAACAAAAGAUGUGCACGAGAAGCAACUCUGUGCACAGUCAGGAUAUCAGUGAUCACGCGGGGAAUGCCAGGUUAAAGUUGAAAGCUUACAAAGUCACUGAACGAUACAAUAUUAUAGGGAAACGGACUAGAUGUAAAAAGUGUUGUUGCGUAGUGUCGUGAGAGGAUUCUCGCUUUAAUCUGCCUUAGAAUUUGUGUAUAAUGUUCCUCGUUUUAUUUAUCAUAUUGUGCCUGUAAAAAUCAAGAGCAGAAAGAAUCGAUAAUUUUCUCUCCUAUCGAAAAAUAUUACGCGUGCGCAAGUCAGUAAAAUCGUCGAUAUUUUCCGUUUUUUGAAAAUGGCGAUUACUCUUUUUUUUUUCUACUUGCACAGAAUAUUCCUUCGAUAAAUUUUGUUCCCUCGUUUUCCCUCCCUAGUACAUUCUGUAGUGCUAAGUAGUAGUGGUAGCAUUUAUAAUCGCAUCACUCUCUGCUUAGUGAGACUAUAAUUUAUUUUUAAACGGUGUGUAUAUUAUUUUAUCGUUGACGACAUGCCUGAUUAAUUGCAAUACAUUCUUAGGCGUAGAUCGUAAUAAUUAAUAAUGCAAUUAAUGGAAGGAUACUACGAAUUGUGAACAGACGCACUUUGUAUAUUUCAUUGUCGAAGACAUGAAAAGAAAAGGAUCUUAAUAAGAUCUUAAUAAUCGAAGAUUUGCUCUACCUUGCAUGCCAGGAGAGACAUUGUCGGCGUGAAAUGAUAUUUUGCAUGUGCAUGAUUUAACAUCGACAUUGAUUUUACACAUAUUUCCUAGAAGAUAGUAUCCAAGUGAUGCAAAAUUCUGUUCCCUUCGUUGUACUUGUAUAUUUGUAACUAGUAUAAUCACACGUGACGUUACAUAAUGUCGCGUUAUUUAGAACGUACGAAUUUGUUAAGGAGUUAAUAAGUUAUGAUAGAUAGUUUUGCCGCUGUACAGUGUCAAAUAAUACGUACAAACUGAUAAAGUC